UCUGACAACACUGCUUCAAAUUCAAACAACACAUCAUAAACUUAAAAAAUACCGGUGAUAAAAAAAACUCUGAAGUUUAUUUCUAGGUUUAUAUGUUUAAAUGUCGUUAAUUGUUGCAAGUUGAUUUGGGGUAAUCGCAAUGAGCAGAUACUCGAAAGACAUCGAUAAAAAAAUUAUAGAAAAACUAGUCAAAUAUCACGGUAUAGCAGAUAAACCAACGUCCGAUGUUUGGAAGCGGAUCGCAUUGGAGUUAUCUAGCGAUCCAGAUCACCUUAACUGUGAUUACCGCUGGCAAGAUCUUAGAAACUACUUUCAGAGUAGCCUCGUUCUCCGUUUAUCUCGUCAGUUACUCAACGAUGAAAGUUUAAUUGAUAAGCUGCAGUUUCCUUAUCUGGCGAAGAUUUACUCGCUGAAAAUCUGUUUUAUAAGUCGCCAACAGAUACUUCACAAAAAGCACAAUGCCGAGGAGAAUUUACUUUUGAUUAAGUAUUGUAUAGAUGGAACGUUCGAUCCUCAAAUAGUCAAAGUUUUCAAACGCCUUCGCCAAUCGGGCACUCGUGUAGUGGUCAACAUCAACGUCGAAGACCCCGUAUAUGGUCUAAGUGAAGAUUGUAAAAAGCUUCUAUUGCAACUAAAUCCCCCAGAUGUACGACAACGCAAGAACAUUCGAAAAACGAAACCCGGAACAUGGCUGAAUGUUGGUGGCCCGACAUCGCCAUUGGCAAAGGAGAGUUCCCCACUGUUACUGGACGGGAUGGCUGUACAAAUCAAUAACAAUAGCCAGGAAAAUCAAACUUGCUCUCCCAGAACGCUGCUCGAUAAGGACUCGUUCGCAAUCAGCUCGCAAGAGUAUAAUCGUAUAAUUAAGGAAUCCUUAGAAAAUGAAGUACCCCCACCUUCGCUACCCAAGCGUAUUUCCGAUCCCGUGCUGGCGCAAGAUCGAAGCCAAACCGAUUUAGAAAUUUACAAAAUAGACGAAAUUUAUCUUAACCAGAAUGAAAUAAUUAAUGAAUCUGCUUCUUGGAAUGUCAGCGCGGAUCCUCUACAAAUAAGUUUGACUAACACCGGUGCUGAGCGUUUAUCGUUCAGCGCCCCAUAUGCCGAGAGUAAUUCCAAUUCCAAAUUAGUCAGUGAAAGUACAGAAAAUCAAACUUUAUCGCGGUCUAUGCUGCAAACAAUAACGUUAGCAAGUCAACCACCCACGCUACUCAUGGCGGUGGAUAAGUCACCACAAGAUCGUAACAGCUCCAGACAAAUAAACGAACUCUGCGGAAAAUCAGUUGGUAACAUAACUUGUCACGGUGGGGAAUUCGAGACACUCCCUGGAACACCGACUGCAAGUAAAUCCACGCAAACCCCGAUUUAUACCACUCAAUCGUUGGUUAUUGCUUCAUGCGCAUCUGGAAAUGAGAGACAGAGCGCCAAUUCAUCGGAUAUUUCUAACAAAUCUAAUCGUCAAGUCGAGACAAUUUCAACUCAAUUGGUCGUAUCGAACGAAACAACCAACUUGAAGGAGUCCUCUAACUCGGGCACAGAUCCACUGUGGGAAAUUUUUUCCGACAGUGAAGACAGCGUGACCGAACUUAAAGAAUCGAGCCAGGAUGAUAACGACAGCUCUACUGCACCAUUGUCUGAGAUCACUGGCAAUGUUGAGUUGAAUGAAGCUCAGCUUUCUCAAGCCCUUCCCACCUUAGAAGCUCCAUCCAACGCAGUGACUAUUAAUAACAUCAAAGAAAAUGCACCCUUUCAAAAUAAUGACCAACCCACAAUUCCGGAGUCUUCAUCGCAGACAAAAACCUCAGGCAGAAUUAUAGUUACAUCAAUCGUAGAGCUGCCACGACUGAUUCUCGGUUCCAACUUAGCCACUGUCAGCAACCGCACCAAUGUCAGCCAGGAAAACUUGCCGUUUAUCCAGCCAAAUGUUUUGAAUAAGUCGGGACCAAACUUUACUUCUAUCACGGAAACGUCUGCCAUUGCUCCCAGUUAUUCCGGGGGCAAUAGGUGCAGGUGCAGGUGCAGGUGCAGUAUAACUCCACUGUUGACUCCUCAGUCCUCACUUUCGAGCCCAGGUCAGGUUAUAACUGGUCAUCAAGCAAACCCUGCUAAUUCAACCUCGGAUGUUAAGACGGUUACAGACACUAGUUAUCUGUGGGAUAUUUUUACCGAUAGUGAUGAUAGUGUGACCGAAGUUGAAUUAUCGGGCCGGGAUGAUAACAACAGCUCUGCUGCACCAUUGCCUGAGAUCACCGGCAAUGUUAAGUUGAAUGAGGCCCGAAACCUUCAACCCAACAUGAAGUUGCCAUCAACCUCUCGAGUGAUAGCUAGUGGUUUACAAGCUUCACCCAACGCAGUAAUCAGUGAUAACAACAAAGAAAACGCAACCCUUGAUAAUAAUGACCGCCCCCUAAUCCCGAUGUCUCCAUCGCAGAAAAAAACUACAAGCAGAAAAUCUCCAGUUCCAGUGUCAUCCAUCGUAGAGCCACCCCGACUGAUUCUCGGUCCAAACUCAGCCACUGCCGUUAACAACGGCAACAACAUCAGCCAGGAACCUGUCUCAAAAAUUUCGAAUAAUUCAAAGCAAAAUUUUGUCCCUAACCCGGAAACGCUUGUAAGUUCUUCCAAAGAUUCUGGAGUCAGUAAGCGCAGCACGCCUACACUAUUAGCUCCCAAGGCCUCAGUUUCGAGCCCAAGCCAGCCAAUUAUAACCGGUCAUCAAACAAACCCUGCUAAUUCAACCUCGGAUGUUAAGACGGUUAUAGACACUAGUUAUCUGUGGGAUAUUUUUACCGAUAGUGAUGACAGUGUGAUCGAAAUCCAGGAUAAGAGCUCUACUAAGCGUUCAGAGAUCACUGACAAUGAGUUGAAGGAACCUCGAAGCUUUAAUACGAUAACAGGUACUUCAGAAGCUCAAUCCAACGCAACAGUUGUGACUAAUCAUCAAUCAAAUCCAUCUGUCGUACACGAGGUCAACAACUCAACCACAACCUGCAACCGACAUUUGAAUUGGGACAUUUUCUCCAGCAAUGACGAACUUGACGCUUCGGUUAAAAUUAAGAACAGUAUACCAAAUAUUAUUUCCGGGGACAAAAAUGAGGCAAAACUGAGCGAACAAGGAGAAUCGAUCAAAAUCGAAGAUACCAGCAGUACGGUGCCGCUCUCUGACAGUAUUUACAGGGUUGAGCGGGAUAUUUUUUCCGGUGAUGAAAAUAGCGUGAACAAAGUCCGGGAUAAGAACAGUAGUUCUGCUGGAUGUUCUCAGAUCACUGACAAUGUUGAAUUGGCUCGUAACUGUCAUGUGGAGUCGUCACCAAUCUUCCAAACGAUAGCUGGGACAUCAAAACCUUCAUCCAACGCAGCAGUUGUAGCUGUUCAUCAAUCAAAUCCAUCUCUCGUACACGAGGUCAACAGCCCAGCCGCAACCUACAACCUACAUUCGAUUUGGGACAAUUUUUUCAGCGAUGAAGAACUUGAUGCUUCGGUCAAAAUUGGGAAUAGUACUACAGAAACUUCUGUCAGCAGGAGGCUCUUUCAACAGGAUGUUAUUUAUGUUAUUUCCGACGAUGAAAAUAAAGUAGAAACAAGGAGCAGACAAGGUGAUUCGGUCAAGACUGAAGAUAGUAGCCGCACGGUACCGCUCUCUGACAGUAUUUACAGGGUGGAACCGCAACCCGCUAAUACUGUAUCAAAGCGCAAACAUCGUGAUGUCCUAUAUCCAUAUUCCUCCGAAACAGACACAGAUGCCCCGCAACCGUCCUUACCUAAGCGAAGGAGAAAAAAACGUGUACGAACAUAACGCCAAAAUUCGUAAUGCUUAAUGCUCAAAAGCAGACUGGAAGAAAAUGUGAUACCUAUACCAUUCAAUGUAAAAAUUAUGGAGUAAAUUAUACAAGCUCUUGUUUCUAUUCUCAUAA